AUGUCGACCAUUCCUCUCCGAUACAUCUCGGGCAACGUCCUGCACGCCCUGGCCGUUGUCCUGAGUCUUCCGCCAGACAGCCUCGAGGAGACUGGCCGCCACACGGCCACGCCGUCUGCCACGUGGCAGGCCGAGCAGGCGGCCCGCAUUCCUGGCCUGCCGCGCUGCCUCCUGAUCCCACCCAUCCCCCACCUGUCCGUCAAGGUCGCCCAGGUGGCGAAACGGGUUGUCAUUGCCGCCGCGGGCGGCGCCGAUACGCUCGCCGUCAAGGCCGCCUCCAAGGGAAUUCGGCUGGACGCUGUUCUCCACCCCUGCUCCACACCGACGGCGCUCUGCCCGGCACAUCGCGACCUCCAUCCGAACCUUGUGCGGGAGAUGUUUUUCUAUCUCUCGCGCGAGGUCGCCGACAAUGCCGAUUUCGUCCGCCGGCACCCUGUGCACGACCGUUUUGAUAAUAACGACCAUGACAACGGCGUGAACGACGGCGGCGACGCUCCCGAAGCAAUCUGCCACACUCGCGACGUGCACGACUGGGGCCUCCGCAUGAUUGGUAUCAGCGCGCUGUGGUGUACGCGGCACACGUUCCGGGCGCUGGAAAAGGGCCGUCAGGUCUUGGUCGCGGCCUCGCGCCACCGGCCUCCAAUGAGUGCCAAGGCUGGCUCGUCGGCGGGUUCGUCGACAAAGUCGCCCUCCCAGUCGUCCUCCCAGUCGUCCACACACAUCCGCAGCAGCAUGCGCAUGCCACACCUGCAGUACCCCUGCGAGGCGUGCAUCCUGGCGGCCGUCGGCGCCCGCAGCCAGACGCUCAUCGACCUGCGCGCCAGCAUGCUGAGCCGCAUGGCCGAGGAGCACCACGACAAGCAGCGGCGCGACCGGCGCCGGGGCACGAUUCCGUCGUCGUCUUCGUUUGACAAGAAGAAGAAGCCCCGCGAGCCCAACCUGCUGCCCCUCGUCGAGACGUACAUCAACGUCCUCGGCCGCGAGUUUGGCGACGAGAUGGCGGCCGAGAUCCGCGCGCGCAGCGAGGCGCUCGCCGAGUCGAUCUUCGACGUGCGCCUCUGCGAAGCGCGGCGCCGCCGGCACGUGGCGCGCGACGUCAAGCGGCUGCAGCGACAAGGCGAGUCGGCGCGGUACGUGCGCGACCCGUGCACGCCGCGCCUGGUCACCAAACAUGGCCACCGCCUGCCGCUGCCGCUGCUUCCGCUCGACUGCGACCUGUGGGCGCACUACAACGAGUCUGUCGUUGGUGGCAACAAACAAAACUACCAACCGACCCCCGGCCGUGCGCAUGGCGCCGACCCGUCCGGAGCGCACGACGAGAGCCAAGAGCAGUACUAUGUUGUGCCCGACGAGGAGGUGGAGCAGGGACAGGAUGAAGCGGACAAAGCACACCAACAUGAACUGGGGGGCAAGGAGGCAUGCGACAAGCAGCACCCUUCCAUGAUGGGCAGCGACUAUUUGGCGCAUCUUGGCUACAACGAAUACUUUGCCCAGGGCCCGCCCGAGCCGACUGUGGCGGAGGAGACGCCGGCCCCCGAAUGGGAAGAUGACUACCGGCGCAAUGUGCUCGAGUCGGAGACGGUCUUCUCGUCGGAUGUCGCCGACGAGCGUCCUUGGACAGGCCACAGCAGUGAUGACGACCACGCUUCAUAUGUCACCAUUAGUGUCUAUACCCAGCUACCUCUCAACCAGCUUUCCAGCCCAGUUCCCGGCCCGUCCCCCAGCCACAAGGGCCCUAGCCGCCGAGCUGCUGCUGCUUCUCCCUCAUCGAUGCCUGUUCGCGGUCUCUCUCCGAUCCCCGGCACUCCUACUUCUACGGCCGCCCGCUCUAUGGUCAGCUCUGUCUCACGGCGCCCCACUCGUUCGACUCGUCCAUCGUCUACCAGUGAACUGCCGCCGCGGCCGGCCAACCCGACGCCAUCUUCUCAACCUCGCACCUAUCCGCCGGCUCCCACCUCGAGCGUCUACUCCCGCGUCACGGCAGCGACCCAGAACGGCCAGAAGUCCUCCAAGGCCAAGCAGGCGUUCUCUACGAUUCUGUCUGAAGCCAACGCCUCGCAGGCAUCGGCCUCCUCGGCCAGCCGGGCGAUUCCUUCGCCUCGUCCUGCCAAGGCGUCCACAUCAACUGCGCCGUCUGCAUCGUCUUCGCUCUCGUCUCUUACCCAACCAACGGCGUCGUCUUCCUACCGCUCUCGCGCCCCGAGCACGCCGGCUCCCGCUACCCGCACCCCGGCUCGUGCGCCCCGAGCACCUGUGGCGGCCGCCGCAUCGACUGCAUUUGUCCCUCCUUCCAAUGGGCGCAAGCCGACGUCGGUAGCAUCAUAUGUGGCGAUGCAGGCCGUCAUGGACGCGAGCCGCAGCCGGAGCCGCGUCAACGCGGCUGCGACGACGCGUACACCUACGACUUCCACUUUGGCGAAACCGUGCUCUGCCGCUUCGACGGCGUCCAAGACCACCAAGUCGACAAGCACCACCUCCAAGGCACCGACCGAGAGGACCUCCCAAAGCACGGUUUCGAAGUCGUCCCCCGCCUCGACGGUGACUGACCUGAGCCGCUAUCCACUGCUGCCCAGGACGACGUACCAGCCGCCGUCCAUGACACAGCGGUCAGCCAUGCCGCCACCGCUCUUCUCCAAGUCUGGCCAGCAGCAGCAGAAGCAGCAGAAGCAGCAGGAGACGCAGGAGACGCAGGAGUCGCAAGAGAAGGUGCGCACGCCUACGCGCCCAUCACGGGCUUCCCCUCGGACAACAAAGGCUUCCACCUCCACCGCACUUCCCAAGACGCCUACGAUGCGGAAGACGCCCGAGAGUCCCAAGAUUCGUCAGGUGCCCGAAAUGCGCAACACACCCAAGGCACCCAAGUCGCCGUCAGAGACCAGUUCGGACGUGUCGUUCGACUGGAGCCAGUCAGCUCCGUCGGAUCUGAGCGUCGGCGAAGGGCCCCGUCAUCGCCCAGACUAUGCAAUCUUUGUCGACGACGACCACGACAACGACAAUGGCUCUGCUGGCCCAUGCUCCAUCGCGCCGGACGACUCCAUCAGUGCCGUCGCUGGCGACCGGCACCAAAAGGAGACGGACAGGCUGACACGGCAGCGGUGCGAGUCGGAGGCCGAGCAGCCGCGCCGGUGGCUGCAGAAGCAAAGGCAGAGACAGCAGCAGACAUUGACGGCGCCGACACGGCCAGGUCGUGGCCAGCAGGGCCCCAUCCCGCGGAUCCUGAACCACUACCAGCCAAACAACAGUCGUCGGCCGCCCCAGGCACCACCGCAGGCACCACCGCGGGCACCGCCUCAGCCGCGGCAGCCGAUGCGGCCACGGACGCAGGCCGAGGUCCAGAACAAGCCCCUGCCCCGUCUCCCCGCCGAGGCAAAGACGCAGCGUUGUGUUUGCCAGGGUGUCCAUCCACGGAAGCAUCACACGUGCGGAUUGCAGGAGGAGGCGGCUGACCGGCCGACGUCCAACCUGACCAACUGCACGGCGUGGCCCAAGUGUUUCUAA